UUGUAAAUAACGAAAGUGUAAGGCAAGCGGACAGAUAGAUUUCAUACUGUUCAGAGCGCAUAGUGAGGAUGGCAACUCAUCGAACCAUCUCAGAGUCUGAGGACAGGGAUUUUGAAGAAAAAUUCGUGAAGCUUUCAGAUAUAAAGUCUUUUUUCACCUGCACAAUAUGCACAAGUUUGUUCUCUGGAACCUCCACAACCAAAUGUGGACAUCGCUUCUGUGCACACUGCAUUCAGGACUGGUUCCAGAGACAACAGAAGUGUCCUGUUUGCAACCAACGAGUUCGAACAGAUCAAGAAACAAGAGACCACCAGUUUGAUGAGCUAUUGAGAACAAUUAAAGAGAAAGCAGUUAGUGAGGCUGAUGUUGUGGCCAGACAGCUCCUGGAGUCUGAUCAAAGUGGUUCUACUAAUAAUGGACCUGGCCUACACGUGGACCAUAAAUUAGCUGAGGUGUUGUGUACUUUGUUGCCUCAGAAGGACAGAGAUCUGAAAGAAAUGGUGGAUAAAUUGAUAGCUGAAAAGGAUAAAACCCUGCGCACACUACAGGAAAAAGAAUUGCCAGAGAGAGAAAAGAUGAUACAACUUCUUCAAAACCAUACCAAGAAGCUUGAAGAGGAGGUCAAGCAGGUUAAGACAUUACAGGAGAAGCUAGAGAAAUCACGACAGAGUGAGGCCAAAUGUAAGGAGGAAAAGCAUCAGCUGAAGGGAGAAUUACAAAGACUGAAUGGAGAAUUAACUACUUUGAAGACAGUAGAUGUAACACGUCAACAACAAGUAAAAGAGCUCUAUGGACAAUUGCAAAAACAGGUGGCUGAAAUACAAGCUCUGAACAUGUCUCUUGAUGAAAAAACAAAAGUGGCAGCAAAAGUAGACAUUUUGCAGAUAACUGUGGAUCAACUACAGAGAGAUUUACAACAAAGAAAUAGUGAGGUUACAUAUCUUCAACAAUUUGUAAUGUUUAAGGAUCUUUACGACCAGAGAAAUCAGGAGGCCCGGAGUUUAGAACAAGAUCUCAACAAGAAAGACACGACCAUCUUAGACCAGCAAGACCAAAUCAGCAGCAUGAAUGAUAAGAUCAUGGCCCUGUCAAAACAGAUUCAGGAAACACCUCUUUCCAUUCACCAGGCCGAGACUCGGUACCAAAAACAGCUACAGGAAAUGGCAGAAAGCAUGAGGGCUUUCUAUGAGAGGAAAUCCCAGACUAAUAUUGGAUUGAUGAGAGAGCAUGCAGAGGAGCUGGCCCGGGAUUUAGAGGAGACGCGAUCUAAGUGUCUAGAAGAACAGAGGAAACUGCAUGAGGAGAACAUGAAGCUAUUGAGAGAAGUAGAAAUGACUAGAACUAGUGGACAGCACCAGGUGGAUGAGGAGAGAUGUAAACAACUAGAAACUAGUCUCAACUAUUACAAAAACAAGGUUAAUGAGUUGGAGCAGCGAGUAACUUUUCUCCAAAACAGAAGCAACAGUCCUUAAGAAGGAAAGAGACAGCCAUAGAUCUGGUCACUGAAGAUUCCAUGUCCUUAGCCUAUAUUUGACAAAAAAAUUCCUGCUUUUGAAGAAGUGCUUUACAAUAAUUAUACACUGGAGGAUGAGCCCAUAAUAUUAACUAUGUAAUAAGAUAAAAUUUUUAUUAUGCAUUAAACAGUCGUACAUGACACUUAAAAAACUUUUACUCAAGUUCAGACGAAAAUUUUAAUGUCAUUUUUAACUUGAAGAACAGUAACUGGCAGCUGGGAAUGUCUAUAAAAACCUUUCAUAAAAACAAAUAUUACUGUGAUAAUGCAAGGUUGUCCCUAAGACUCAGGGGCCAGGGAUUUUCCCCGCCUAUAAUGACGUAAUCCUCUGGUUAUUCUCGUAUCCCGCCUUCCCUUUUGUUAGGGGAGGAACCCAAAACACCCUCCUACUUUUUUAAUGUCCCCUGCUAUUUCAAUUCUUAGGGACAACCCUGUAAUGUAUAUAUGCAAGUACAAAUAACAUAAAUGUGAAUACAUUUUUGUAAGUUAUUUAAGUUAUUUUUUCUUGUAUAACAUGACUUACUUACUUGGACUUAUUCCUGUUCGCUCCUUGGGGAGCAUUAAGGGCCGCUCUGUCAUAUAAAUUUAUAUUUUUGAUGAUUUAAGUCUCUACAAUCCAAUUAAAGUUUUCAUUUUCAUCAGAUUUAAGAUAAAUUUAAAUCAUCCUCAAAUAUUUUGCAAUUGAUUAUAUACAUAUUUUGCAAUUUUUCAAUGUGAUCAUUCUAACUGAACAAGCUGUUAUCGUUUUC